AUGCUUCGUCGGUGUUUUCGAUUUUCAAUUCCACAUCUACAGGAUCUGAUUCAUCGUCUGGACUAUUUUGAAAAAGAGAUUAUUGAACUGAGGGCCUUUCGUCAGAUGGUUGAAGCGGCUUCCCCGGAAAUGGCACUAGCAGCUGAAGCUAUUGCAAAGGAGCGACAAAGGGCAAAAGGAGAUAUCGAUGUUGUUAUGGAAUAUCCAUUAACAUCAGAAGAAUUUGUGGAAUUGAACCAAUUUUAUGCACUUCAAAAGGAGAAAAGGUUGCCUUUGAGAAAUAUGAUGCAUAUACGUAAUGUUGAGGAUCUAUAUGUUCAUGCAAAAAUAAUUCAUCGGGAAUAUCUGGUGCGUUUGGCACAGAGAGCCCGUGCAUUAACCCUUGCACCUAUGGGUUUGUCCCAAAUGCCUUCUAUACAAGAGUUACGCCGAUCUUAUGAGUGGAGUUUUCAUGGUGUCAAUUCUACUAAACCACCCAUUGAUUUAGAGAGUGCGCAGGAAUUUGAUUCGUUGAUGCGUUGCGUAUUUUUGAGGCACUACAAUGUGAGUUCGUUGUUGAGUGAAGGCAUGUACGAGCUUGGACAGCGUGAGAUGUGGAGCGAACGAGAUUUUUCUGAUAAAUCUCUUGUAGAAACCUUUGAGGAACUUCAGGUGUUUUUUGAUGAAUUUUGUACUGGUCGUGUAAGACUGCGC